UUAUACACAAAUACAGCAAAUGUUAAUGUUGGUUAGUGUUUACUUCAUACGAAACAGAUAUAUUGUUCUCUACUAGAUGUCAUAGUAUCCAACUUAUUUCAAUUUUCCCUCUUUUCACUAUUAGCAACGACCAAUCAUACUCUACGUUUGAAAAGAAAGAGAAGUCUUUGACAGUUUCUUCAUACAGACUAUAGGUUUAAGUAAACUACAGUUAAAAACAUGAUGUGGAACGCGAUAUAAGUUUAACCAUGCCGUUAAAUUAACGUCAGUUCAGAUAAUCACGGUUUAAACUUGAUUUUGUGGAACUGGGCCUUAGAAAACAUUCAAUCGGGUGAUAUUUCCACCUUACUUCUUUGUAGGGUGGAUUGGGUGGAUUGUAGGCAUAUCACGUCAAAAAUAAAAAUGGCGACGCUACGUAAAGGACAACAUAUUUUAUGUACAUUAGAAAAUGGAGAAAUAUUAAAAGAUAACAACAAUCUAGUUGUAUGGGAUACAAAAAAUCAAAAAUUGCUCUAUGUACCCGCUGAAAUAAAUAUACUACGAUUUUUUAAUCUACCUGUUGAAGACCAAAUAUUAAAGAAUCAGAAAGAAAACUUUAAUAAUGUAGAAGAACUAGAAUCAACAGGAGAAAAUUCUAUAGUAUAUAAUACAUUACAAAAAAAUUCUAAAAAUAACAAUGUUUAAAAGAAAUAGCUGCAUUAAAGAAAUUGCUUCAUGGAAAGAUGAUAAUGCCACAAAAAUGUUAAUUUCUUUGUGGAAAGAACACGAAACAAAAUUUAAAAGCUCAAAAUUUCGAAAUGAUACAAUAUGGAACGACAUAUCUGCAAAAAUGUGGGACGCGAAUAGUAAUUGGCAUUAUAUAGUGCUAUACAAUGUGAAAACAAGUGGAAAGAUUUACGUAAAACAUACGUUAAAGUUAAAGAUCAUAAUUAAUACUUCUGGAAAUAAUCCAAAAACUUGUAAAUUUUAUGAUGAAAUAGAUGAUAUUCUUAAUGACAAGCCGAACAUAACACCUAUUUUAAUUACGUCUAAUUUAAGAAAACGACCUUUGUUAAUAAAUAGUGCUUCAAAUUGCAUGGAUUCAGAAAAUAGUUCUUCGUAUGCGAAUUUUUCGUAUGAUGAUCCUGAUUAUAUUCGUAAUAAAAAAUCGAAUAAAAGAAAAAUACCACACAUUGAAAGGGAGUUUAAAGAAUGGUGUACAGCUUCAAGAGCUGAUGCUAAGGGAAGAGAAGCACGUGAAAGAAGACACAAAGAAAUAUUAAAUCAAUAAGAAAAAGCGAUAAAUAGUAUGAAAGAAGUAAUGUUAAAACUAAUAGAGAGAUUAUAAGAAAAUGUAAAGCAAGAGUGAUAAUACACGAAAAUAAAUAAAAAUGUAUU